AUGAUUUGGCUGACUAGGCCACAGGAGUAUAGUGCUAUUGCUGGCCUCCAUGGCUGCUUGCCGCCUCCUAGGCUUCGAAAUCAGAGACCCCUGGGUCUUGACCGCCUUGAGCAGAUCUUCAGAGCCAAUGCCGAAUCAAGACUUAUGGAGCUGUUUCUUUUCCACUUUCGCCAAACGGGAAAUACCCUUGAACAGGUAUUCUUAGGGACAAAGGCAUUUGGGACCAUCGACCCUGCAAACCUCGAAGUUAUACUAAGUUCGAAAAUCAAAGAUUUCAGCAUGGGCUUGAGGAGAGAGAUAACGUUUCCAAUGUUUGGGGACGGAAUUUUCACUCAAGAAGGCGCUGCAUGGAAACAGUCAAGAGACUUGCUCAGACCACAAUUUGCUCACAAGCAGUAUGAAAACUUGGACGUUUUCCGGGAUUCUGUUGAUGACCUCCUCAAUGCCAUCCCAAGUUGCGGUGGUGUCAUCGACCUACAGCCGCUUUUCUUUCGCCUCACCCUCGACACCACGACCUCCUAUCUUUUUGGUGAAUCCGUACGAAGCCUCCGAACCCCUGAAUCAGUCGGCGAGAAGUCCUUUGCCGUUGCAUUCAACACUGCUCAAGCAUAUGUCGCCAAACGCUUCCGACUACUCAACUUGUACUGGUUGAUUGGCGGCAAGCCAUUCCGUGAAGCCUGCAGAAACGUGCACAAGUUUGCAGACCAGAUUAUCGACCGGAAUUUAUUGCAAAACGGGGAAAGCAUGAGAGCAGAUGAAGCCGAGUUUGUUUUCCUUGAUACAGUCGCAAAGGAUAUACCAGACCGAUGUGCGGUUCGAGGUCAGAUUAUAAACCUAUUAGUUGCAGGCCGUGAUACAACCGCUUGUCUUCUGUCAUGGACGCUUUUUAGUUUGGUCAGACACCCCAAGGUGCUCGAGAAGCUACGAUCAGAGAUCAGCCAUGCCUGCGACCGCGGGGCGGAAUUGAAUCGAAACAGUCUUCGGAGUAUGUCCUAUCUUCAGAAUGUUAUCAAAGAAACUCUUCGAUUGUAUCCAUCAGUGCCUGUGAAUGUCAGGACAGCCACGAGGACGACCAUUCUGCCUACAGGAGGCGGACCGGACCGGAAAUCUCCCGUGCCGAUACCCAAAGGUGCUUCUGUUGCGUAUAGUGUCUACGCCAUGCAUCGAAGACCCGACCUCUACGGAAUGGACGCCGAGCUCUUCCGGCCCGAAAGAUGGGAUGAAGACAUGCCCUUGAACCAGGAUCUCACGAAUGCCAAAUGGGGCUAUCUUCCGUUCAAUGGUGGGCCACGGAUAUGUCUGGGCAUGGACUUUGCCGUGACUGAAGCUGCCUACACUAUUGUACGAUUGAUCCAGCGGUUCCCCACCAUCAGACUUCCUCCGGGUGAAGUGGUCGAGCAGACCGGAGUGGAAAGGCAGACCAUGACCCUCGUCAUGUCCAUUACCGAAGGUUGCAAGGUUGAAUUGGAGUGCUAG